UGGGUCUGGACCUUGAAACUGACCAGGUUCUUAAGGGGAGAGAGCUGUGCUCUGGACCAUCCCACCUCUCCAUUCUGUCCUCCCUUCCAUUCUGCAGCCAGAGCAGACUGGGGCCCACCCUGUAGUGCAUGUGCCUGAGAUCCAUAGGAGUCCAUGUCAUGGGGUGGGGGUGGGGCAGCAAUCAAGGGUUCCUGGGUUCCUGGUAUGUGUCCUUUCAGGAGGCUGUGACGUUUGGGGAUGUGGCUGUGCACUUCUCCAGGGAGGAGUGGCAGUGUCUGGACCCUGGCCAGAGGGCUCUCUACAAGGAGGUCAUGCUGGAGAACCACAGCAGCGUGGCUGGACUAGCAGGGAUCCUGGUCUUCAAGCCUGAGCUGAUUUCCCGACUGGAGCAGGGGCAGGAGCCGUGGGUACUUGACUUCCAGGGACCAGAAGGCACGGAAGUAUCCUGGACCUCCCAGACAGGUUAUGCAGUUGAAACUUAUGGUGAGCUGGCCUCAGAGGACAGGGGCAGUCUCAGAUCAGAGUCCCAGGUGGUGGGGAUCAGAACCCCGGCACAAGGUUUCCCACAGAGCCCUGGUUUUGGAGACACCUGUGAUUCUGAGGUUCAAUUAGAGGGCCUGCUGAGCAGUCCCAGGCAAAGGGUGCACCCCCUCCUCCAGAAUGACCAGGGGAACACAGGCACUGCGGCUCUCUGCAAGACCUUCACCAAGGAGGAAACCCAGGGACCUGAGGAGCUGGCUCAGCCUGAUGAAAGUGAGGGAGAGCAAGCAGAAGGAGCCACUCCAAAAUGUGAUGCGUGUGGCAGAAGUGUGAGGUGUGCUGCAGGCACUGUGGUGCAUCAGGGCAGUAACACACAAAGGAAACAGGGCCAAUGUCAGGAGUGCCAGAGACCGUUGCACUGCUGCCAGGGUGUACUCCAGAGCCACUGCCGUGGAGAGAAGCCCUAUGUGUGUGAGGAGUGUGGGAAAGUCUUCAGGCUCUGUUCCCAGCUGAACCAGCACCAGAGAAUCCAUACUGGGGAGAAGCCAUUCAAAUGCAUUGAGUGUGGCAAGGCCUUUCGCCUGAGUUCAAAGUUGAUCCAGCAUCAAAGAAUCCACACAGGAGAGAAGCCGUAUAGGUGCGAGGAGUGUGGGAAAGCCUUUGGGCAGAGUUCCAGUCUUAUCCACCACCAGCGGGUACACACGGGAGAGCGGCCCUACAGUUGUCGCGAGUGUGGGAAGGCCUUUAGCCAGCAGUCACAGCUUGUCAGGCACCAGAGAACACACACUGGGGAGCGGCCCUACCCCUGCAAGGAGUGUGGGAAAGCCUUCAGCCAGAGUUCCACACUUGCUCAGCACCAGCGCAUGCAUGCGGGGGAGAAGGCACAUGUUCUCAGAACACCAGAAGGCCCCAGCCUUGUCGCCCAUCAGAGGGUCCACACUGUAGAGAAGCCAUUCAAGUGUGAUGCCUGUGGGAAGGCUUUUCGGUGGGUCUCUCGCCUCAGCCAGCACCAGCUGACCCACACAGGAGAGAAGCCCUAUAAGUGCAACAAGUGUGCAAAGGCAUUUGGUUGUAGCUCACGCCUGAUCCGCCACCAGAGAACCCACACGGGAGAAAAACCGUUUAAAUGUGAUGAGUGUGGUAAAGGCUUUGUCCAGGGCUCACACCUAAUUCAGCAUCAGAGAAUUCACACUGGAGAGAAGCCCUAUGAGUGCAGUGACUGUGGGAAAGCUUUCAGCCAGAGCUCAAGCCUCAUCUACCACCAGAGAAUUCAUAAGGGGGAGAAGCCCUAUGAGUGUGUGGAAUGUGGGAAAGCCUUCAGCAUGAGCACACAGCUCACCAUCCACCAGAGGGUCCACACGGGAGAGAGGCCCUACAAGUGCAGCGAGUGUGGGAAAGCCUUCAGUCAGAACUCCACCCUGUUCCAGCACCAGAUCAUCCAUGCUGGAGUGAAGCCCUAUGGCUGUAGCGAGUGCGGCAAGGCCUUCAGUCGCAGCUCCUAUCUCAUCGAGCACCAGAGGAUCCACACAAGAGCACAGUGGUGUCACGAGUAUGGAAACACCCUGGAUGGCCCCAUGCAUGUGAGCCGGAAGAGAGCUAGCACUGUAAAGAAACUGCAUAAAUGUGAUGAAUGUGAGAAGAUAUUCCGAUGGCGUUCUCACCUUGUUAUACAUCAGAGAAUACAUACUGGAGAAAAGCCUUAUAAGUGCAACGAGUGUGGCAAAGCUUUCAAUCGCAGCUCAAGGCUCACUCAGCAUCAGAAAAUUCACAUGGGAUAAGUCAUUUUCCCUUAUAAAUGUGCAUUAGUGUAAAGAAACCUACAGCCUUAACUUGACUCACACAGGAUCAUUCACACUGGUGUGAAAUGAGAUUGGGGAAGAUUCAGAAUUGCUCUCUUAAGAAAGAUGAGGUUGAUUCAGUCUUUUUCC